AUGCUCUUCUCUUCGUCGAUAUUACUGUUGAUAUCGACAGUUCUCUGUCAAGAUAUUCCACAAUACGGGCCAAUUAGUGCUAAUUUUGACUCAUGGCUUGAUAGGAAUGGAUACGGAAAGUACGAUUUCUCGAGAUUGGAUCUAGGAGCUGCUGGAAGUUUUGGAGGAAUGUCAAGUGAGAUGCAAUACUUUGACACUUCAAAAGACCCGGUAAUCUUCUUCCAUGGAAAUUCGGACGCCGCCCUCACUGCGAACAACUUUUCGACCGGAUGGACUACGACUGUUCAGUAUUUCCUGAAUCAAGGAUACACUCUCGGUCAUCUCUACGGAACAUCCUGGGGAGAUACCAACACAACUGCAGCUGUCGAACGGGACCACGACUGUGUGACUGUGUUUAGAUUGAGAAAGUUCGUCGAGGCAGUCAUGGACUACACUGGAGCCAAGCAAAUUAAUAUUAUCUCGCAUUCAAUGGGAGUUACUCUCGCAAGAAAAGUGAUUCUCGGAGGAUACAUUAAUGCUGAUGACGGAUCAUGCAACAUCGGAAAACCAUUGGGAACGAAAGUCCGUGCUAUUUUGGGAAUUGCUGGUGCCAACUUCGGAUUGUGUGCAUGUGUUGGACACUGGCUUGGAGUCACUUGGCCAACUUGCAAUGAUGAUAAUGGAUUGUGGCCAGGAGAGACAUGUUAUCCAAAUCGAAUGGACGGUAUGUGUGCUCAGUCUCCACUUCCAUCCCCAUGCAAUGGAUUGACAUAUUCCAAGUUCCUGAUGGAUAUCAACAACUCUCGAUUCAAACCAGCUCAGCACAUUUUCAGCAUGUGGAGUAUGGGCGACGAUUUGCUUGGUGAUGGAAAUAUGGUGUGGGGACGUCCAACAAGUGAGAUUCCAUUGUCAGAUGGAAACAAAAUCUACAAGAACUACACUCACAUGGAGACCAAAUUGAACACGGCUGCCGAUCAAUUCCACAUCAUCACUCAAUUGAGUAUCCCUUGA